CAUUCAUAAGUCAGGUUCCGUAGUUGCCAGGUUCUGGAAAGCUCCCGUUCGAACCCUAGUCUCUGGUCGGUGGAACCUAUUGCGCAAGGGUCCGCGCAUUGUCCUAACGUUCAUUUAUCCCAGUUGUUUUCGCUCCCUGACAGUGAUCGAACGCUUCAUUACUCAACGUUGUUUUGUUUUGGCGUGCUCAAUGUUUUAAGUGAUCGAAGUCAUGAGCGGGAGGUGGCUAUGGACAAUAGCCGCAUGUGCAGUGGUGUGUGUAAGCGCCGACCGUGGGGGCUCGUCCUUACGGGGCGCACUGGAGGCUCUGCAGCGGCGGCAACGGGGUCGUAUGCAUGUACCCCUCGCACCACUGCCUGAUUACGAUGCUCCCAUCUAUGAAUUUGUACCACCUCAGGGAUAUCCAGAUUCAGACUACGGCGUAGAUGUCGAAGAUAUUGAAGAGGAGCCUAAUCCAAAAUAUAUUAUCAAACUAUUAGAAGAUAAUGAAAAACCUGCUGAAACGUAUGAAUACAAAUUAAUUAAAAAGAAAAAUGUUCAUCCUGAUACCAUCAAAAAAGAGUCAGCUUUCCGUGAGAGAAGCCAUCACUCAGAUAACGAGCGACUCCGGGAUUUAUUUGUUGAUAAGAAUGAAAUGGAAGAUAAAAAGGAGGCUCAAGAAAAGUCUGAAAAUGAUGCAGAAUACGCAUUACUUUUGGGACAACUUUGGUCAAAAUAUAAAUAUAACAAAGAACACUCUAACAAUGUUGAAUCUGCUCCACAGGGAAUAGUAAAGUUAUAUAAAGAAAAAAUUGUGAAGAAACGAUAUCCUGAUAGUUGGGGUCCGAUAGCUUUUAAGAGAAAGCGAAGUUCAGAUUCUGAUGUUGAUCGCCCCAAUUCAUCUGAAUUUGAUUUAGACAGAAAGCAUUCUGAGAUUUCAACAGAUCCUAAUUAUAACAGUUAUGAGUUGACCGAUAACGAUAAGGAUGAUCUAAGAGAAGAAUAUGCAAUUGCUUUCCAACCAUUGGAUGAUGAUACGUUGUCAGAUUUGGCUGAUGACGAUCAGUAUUCUUAUGGGCCUAUUGAAAAACGAUUUCCUGUAACAAAACGUAGUAGUGGUUCCGAUAACUAUAAUUUGCCUAAAAAAAGAUUUGCUGCAAAUAAAAAAAAAUCAUUCCGAAGUAAUUCUGGAACUGAUCCAAAAAUCAUAAAAGAUUUAUCUAGAAUAUUUGGGGAACCUGAAUCAGAUAUUAUAAAAAAUCCCGUAAAACGUAGCAGUGAACAUGAGCAAAGUUCACAUGAAGUAAAGCCGCCAAUUUUAACUUUAUCAAAUCAAAACUCUACUCAUGAGCAUCAUAAUAUUACAGAUCAUGAUGACGAUAGUCAUGAACAUCAUGGGCAUAAUAUACAUCAUCCUGGAAUGACGGGUAAGGAAGAAGAACAUGUACAUCACCAUAGUCAGGAUGAGAAAGAAAAACCUAUAACUAUUAAAAAGAAAUCUAUUGAUUGGUCAGAUUAUUUUGGGAUAGACAAACGUAAUAAGAAUUCAAUCCCUUUUGUAAAUGAUUUAACUCAAGACAAACUGAGGAAACAAUAUUUCGAUACCUUUAACAAAGAAGUUAUUUAUCCUUUAAAUACGUAUAGGGAACAUAGUAACGUGAAAAGAAAUUACGUGCAAAUAAAACCAAAUGAAGGAACCGAUAUUCAAUUAGAUAAUUCGCAAGCUAUUGCAGUUCGUGAUGACAAUAAAAGGACUAGAAUUUCUGACAACGACGCGAAAUUGGAUAAUAUUGAUAGAAAGUUAAAGUCUAUGGAAGGUCUUAUUGUUGAUGAAGCAUUACAUUAUUCGAAUGCGGGUGAGGAACUAGACUCAAAAGAAGAACAGGAAAUGAAAGAAAAAUUGUUAUCACGGCUUGCAGCUGCUUAUAGUUUGGAAAAAAUGAGGAAAGCCUUAAAAGAGUUCAAACAAAGCUUGCAAACUCCAAAACCUGAAUCUGUAUUGACGUCUUCUCCCGGUCCGAUAGAUGAAGUAAAGUCCAAAAGAGUAGCUGUGAAAAAGGAAAAAGUAGAUAUUAAAAGCAACGAAAUUCCACCGUUUAAUAAAAAUUUGGAAUUAAAUGAUGAUUUUGAAAAUGAACAAGGGGCUGGACAUUACUUAAAUGGAAAAAUUGAAGAACAAUUCUCUGAAGGCUAUAUGGGUGGUAGUGGCAGACAUAGAAGUCCGGUAAUUACUACAGUGAGCGCUGCUGGCUCUUGCCCGGUCCUUGCAAAGAUUAUAAACAGAUGCCGUGGAGUAGAUUUACUAGCUGGUGAUCGCGGACAGCUAUUUCUUCCUUUGUGUAGCUUACAUCAAAUUUGUUACCUGUGUGGAGAGGCGCCACCAACAACGUGUGACUUAGUCUUUAUAUCGGAAGCGGAUACCAUAUGUGAAGGUGAUAUGGAUUGCCAAAGAGCAGCUCGAUCGGCAAUUAUGGCAUUACGAGAAUUGCACGACAGUUUAGCUGAUGAACUAGAUGGAGAGUGUGAAGCCAGUCCUUGUCUACCAGCCACAUUGAAGCUAAAUAGUGGUUGGCAACGCAACGAAUUUCUAUUGUUUUUAUAUUUAUCUGAAUUUAAAGUUACAAAAAGUGAAAUGGAUAUAGACUCAAAAGGUAUAGGAGUACGGCAUGGUAUCGAUAAUUUGGGAGCAACAAAUGAUAAUGGCUCUACUCUUAAACCAGACUUAGUUAUAAAUAUCCAGCCUCAAGCCGGCAUAAACCGAGCUGCGCUACCAGUGUCUACGUUAGACUGGCACACCAGCAAUACUCGAGGACAGUUCAUUCCAGUACACGGCCUAGACUUCCUCAUUGGAGUUUCCAGUCUACUCAUCCAACAAACUGUUGAACUAGAUGAUUUAACUUCUAAAAUCGAAUCAGAAAAUCGUUUCAUCGUCAGAGUACCUCAUGGUGAAGCUUUAUAUAUAGCGAGUGAGACUUCUUCUAAAUCAUUAAGAUGCCUAUGCGGUACUGGCAGAUCUUUUGUGAUGCAUCUACACGACAACACCAGGCAAGAAGCGUUGGUGCUUGAGAGGAGACUGGCUGCUGCCUCUUGUUGUUCUCCUUGCAGAUUACAGGAAAUAAGAGUAAUAACUCCACCUGGUGACUACGUGGGCAGAGUGCAACAACGGCGUCAUUGGGUGCCAUUCUACGCGGUAAGGGACGUCAACGAUGACGUCGUGUUCGUGAUCGAAGGACCCGCCACUAUGACCAGAAGCGCUCUAAUGUUGACUGAAUUCAAGAUUAUGUCAGGUGAUGCACUUCGAGAGGUGGGCAAGAUCGCCCACGGAUGGGAUCGAGACUUGAACAGUUUCGUGACUACCCUUCAAAUUCCGAACACGACCGUUCUACCCAAACAUAAAGGAUUAUUAUUAGGAGCUGUUUUUCUUCUGGAAUACACGUACUUUAUGAAGGCAAAAUCCAGUUGUUUACGGUGUGGCUACUUCUGAGACUAAUGUACCUGUAGUAUUAGGAUUGUAAAAUUAUAAUAAUAAUUAAUGUUUUUUAACAAAAUGCAUAUAUUAAUACAGCUAUUUCAGUAGCUCUAGAUGAUGCUGAUGAUGAUUAGCAGCGAACAAAAAAAUAUUAAAUAUACAUUUUAACUUGCUUAUGUUUGCAAAUCUGAAUAAGUAAAUUCGCUCUAUGUAGCUAUAACUAGCUAAAACCUAAAGAGAUAACUCUUGAGAUUAAAUAAAUAAUGUGCUUAGUUUUUAUCAUUACAUUUCAUUUUAUACAUUUUACAAAGUUAUAAUAGUUAUUAUUGUUAAAUUUAGGAAAUUAUGUUUAGUCAUAAGUUUUUUUGCACUCUGCUUUGCAUUGCAUUUUGCACAAUGGUACUCUUUGAGAACAU